CACCCUCCAGAUCUUCAGCUCCAAAAGAACCGUUUUCAAACCACGCUAUCUCAAACCGCCAUUCCCUGAGCAAAGAUAUCAACACACGAUAAACCCGGAGUUAAAACCGUUUCCCGCCUUUGACUCUCCCUGUUAUUUUACCAAACCCUCGGCCCUUUUAGUCCUCUCAUCGGUUUCCCUGUCUUUAACUGGGGAUAGUGCCCUCUUUUUGUGUCCCUGCCUCUAAUCUCGCUGACUUGCCUUUCUUUCUUUUCCCUUGGCCAGAACAACCUUUCGACUUCCCCUAUCCCUCUACCACCAGCCAUCUCCCUCUUGUUAAGCCCAUCUUCCUGUGUUUUCCCGUUGAGAUAUAUACCGCUAGACCCCCCUUCCCCUUACCUUUCCAUCUGCUCCUUGCAGUAACAUCCUCAGCUCACCCAGUCAUUCUUUAGUUCUUCUCCGUUUUUUUGUUUGGGAUCUUGGCCUCUUGUCUUUACCAACUUCAGCAGUUGUCAACGACAACCACCUUCGACUAUAAUAACGAGAUCGUUUUAGCCACCUAGGUUACAAAGCAUUUACGGUGAUGGCCGAAAAAGAGAAACAGGAGGCUUUCCGCGUCGAUAUUCCUAGUAAUGAUAAGGGAUUUGCUCCUCCUUCGCCGCGUGGACCUCCCCCGGCUCCGGUGGUGAGCAAUCCGUUGUUUCCAAUCCUCAGUUACUGCGGAGCCAGUAUUCUCAUGACCGUGACGAAUAAAUAUGUAUUGUCGGGAUAUGACUUUAAUUUGAAUUUCUUCUUGUGUAUGGUGCAGAGUAUUGUUUGUGUGGUUGCCAUCGCCAUUGGCAAAUCAAUGGGUUAUAUCAAGUAUCGGGACUUCAGCAUGGAUGAAGCUCGAAAAUGGUUUCCCAUCUCCGUUCUUCUAAUUCUUAUGAUCUACACCUCCUCCAAAGCUCUUCAAUUCUUGUCAAUCCCGGUCUAUACCAUAUUUAAGAACUUAACCAUUAUCUUGAUUGCCUAUGGUGAAGUUCUAUGGUUCGGUGGCUCCGUGACCGGAAUGGCACUCUUUUCUUUCGGCUUGAUGGUCCUUUCUUCUGUCGUUGCGGCAUGGGCCGAUAUCAGUGCCGCCAUCGACAACUAUGGCCAUAGCUCCACUGAGACUGCCGCUGCUUUGAGCACACUAAACGCCGGAUAUAUCUGGAUGUUGAUCAACUGCUUGAGCUCUGCGAGCUAUGUCUUGGGAAUGAGGAAGAGAAUAAAGUUGACUAACUUCAAAGAUUUUGAUACUAUGUUCUAUAAUAACCUUCUUUCCAUCCCUGUUCUUUUCUUCAGCUCUCUCCUCUUUGAGGAUUGGUCUUCCACCAACAUCAACCUAAACUUCCCCGAGGAACGCCGCAACAACAUAAUUAUUGCUAUGAUCUUCUCGGGACUCUCCUCCAUCUUUAUUUCAUAUACCUCUGCAUGGUGUGUCCGGACCACUUCGUCUACCACUUAUUCUAUGGUCGGUGCUCUUAAUAAGCUUCCACUUGCUAUUUCUGGAUUGAUCUUUUUCGAUGCUCCUGUUACUUUCUUCUCCGUCACGGCUAUUGGCAUUGGUUUCUUCUCUGGAAUCGUUUACGCUCUUGCGAAGGUUAAGCAAUCCCAGUCAAAGACUGGAGUUCUCCCAACAUCCAACCCUACCAUGAGUGCUAGCUCUCAGAGCAUGAGAGAUGGAUUUGGUCAGAAGUCGUAAAUAUGGCUCGGUUUUUGGCGGAAGCGCAUAGAGCACACAUGGUUCGAGUCAGCGGGAAAAGGGAAAUAGAAUGGGGUAAAAGUGGUGUUUGUUUCCCGGCCAUCGUCAUGUGGAUUUGAUAUGGACCAGGAUGACAAUUAGGAGGGGUGUUGUGUUUUGUUUUUAAAUUACUAGGCGGUUCUCACCAUAUAUUCCUGGCGCAAAAAAGAAAAUUGGGUUUCCUGGAACACACUUCUCUAUGGCAUGCUCUUCUUUUUAGUUUUAUCUCCUGUACCAGUCAUAUUUUCUUUCCAGGAUGUUUCGUUUCAUUUCAUGUGCAUUCUUGUUGGAGAAUAUUAGCGUUUUUAUAUAGACUUUUUUUCUUGCGCUCGGAUCGGAUAGUAGUGGAGUGAAUAUGCAGUAGGGUAAUUGGGGUCGGGAAAAAGGUAUUAAGUUGCCACAAUUGUACAAUAAUAAUACGAGUACAGUCGAACUUUGCUAUCUGU